AAGAAAGAAAGAAAGAAAGAAAGAAAGAAAGAAAGAAAGAAAGAAAGAAAGAAAGAAAGAAAGAAAGAAAGAAAGAAAGAAAGAAAGAAAGAAAGAAAGAAAGAAAGAAAGAAAGAAAGAAAGAAAGAAAGAAAGAAAGAAAGAAAGAAAGAAAGAAAGAAAGAAGCGUUUAAGGAAAUUUAUUUCUUAAUUGGAGCUUUGUGAAAUCCAGUUGUUUCUCAAGAGCGUUUUAAUGCAAUCACCUGGCAAUAGAGGCAGCAGAAAGGAACAAAAGCUACUGUGUGGUGACCGGCACUUCUCACUGCACUGAGGCAGAGACCUGUUUUCUCUCUGGACUCCCCAGUUUUCAGGCUGAGAGUGAUGCUUAAGAUGAGGUAGGAAUUCAGCAAUACAACCAUGAACUGAAAAAUGUUUAGCAAUGUUCCCUCACAGGUAGUAAAGUAAUUUUGAGAGAAUUCAAAAAAAUAUAGUAUAGGAUUGACUCAAUGAAGUUGCAACCAUGAUGUCAAUGUCUUCUUUCAACAGUCCAUGGUGGCCAGAGUGAAGCAAUGUCCAACAGCAGCUCCAUCAGCCACUUCCUCCUGCUGCCAUUGGCACACACACGGCAGCUGCAGCUCCUGCACUUCUGCCUCUUCCUGGCCAUCUCCCUGGCUGCCCUCCUGGCCAACGGCCUCAUCAUCAGCGCCGUAGCCUGCGGCCACCUCCUGCACAGCCCCAUGUUCUUCUUCCUGCUCAACCUGGCCCUCAGCGACCUGGGCUCCAUCCUCACCACUGUGCCCAAAGCCAUGCACAAUUCCCUCUGGGACACCACGAACAUCUCCUACUCAGGGUGUGCUGCACAGCUAUUUCUGUUUGUAUUUUUCAUUUCAACAGAGUAUUAUCUCCUGACCAUCAUGUGCUACGACCGCUACGUGUCCAUCUGCAAACCCCUGCACUACGGGACCCUCCUGGGCAGCAGAGCUUGUGCCCACAUGGCAGCAGCUGCCUGGGCCAGUGCCUUUCUCUACGCUCUGCUGCACACAGCCAACACAUUUUCCCUGCCCCUGUGCCAUGGCAAUGCCCUGGGCCAGUUCUUCUGUGAAAUCCCACAGAUCCUCAAGCUCUCCUGCAACAAAUCCCACCUCAGGGAACUUGGGCUCAUUGCUGUUAGUGUCUGUUUGGUAUUUGUCUGUUUUGUGUUCAUUGUUUUCUCGUAUGUGCAGAUCUUCAGGGCUGUGCUGAGGAUCCCCUCUGAACAGGGACGGCACAAAGCCUUUUCCACCUGCCUCCCUCACCUGGUUGUGGUCUCCCUGUUUAUCAGCAUGAGCUUUAUUGCCUACCUGAAGCCCCCCUCCAUCUCCUCCCCAUCCCUGGAUCUGUCAGUGUCAGUUCUGUACUCGGUGGUGCCUCCAUCCCUGAACCCCCUCAUCUACAGCCUGAGGAACCAGGAGCUCAAGGCUGAACUGUGGAGACUGAUCAUUGGACGAUUUCACAAUAAUUAA